AUGGCCGACGACCCCUCCAAGGCUGCUCAGGAUGAAUCUACCGCUACUGCCAUUCUCAGGCAGAAGCGAUCCCCCAACCGCCUUGCCGUAGAUGAGAGCCCUUCCGAUGACAACAGCGUUGCCAUCUUGCACCCCAAUACCAUGGAGGCCCUUGUCCGCGGAAAGCGAAGAAGGGACACUGUUCUCAUCUGCCUGAGUCAGGAUGAUAUCGAGGAGGGCAAGGUCGCCAUGAACAAGGUGGCUCGAGCAAACUGUGCCAUCAAGCUCGGCGACCUAGUUCACGUCUCUGCCGCCAACGACAUCAAGUACGGCAAGCGUAUUCAUAUCCUUCCCUUCUCUGACUCCAUUGAAGGUCUUUCCGGCAAUUUGUUUGACGUGUAUCUGAAGCCUUACUUCUUGGAGGCUUAUCGACCCGUCCGAAAGGGUGAUGUUUUCCAGGUUCGAGGUGGUAUGCGAACUGUCGACUUCAAGGUUGUUGAGGUGGACCCCUCACCUUACUGUAUCGUUGCUUCCGAAACUGUCAUCCACACCGAAGGUGACGCCCUUGACCGUGAAGCCGAAGAGGCCGACCUCAAUGCCGUUGGCUACGAUGACUUGGGCGGUUGCAGAAAGCAGCUUGCCCAGAUUCGAGAGCUGGUCGAGCUUCCUUUGCGUCACCCUCAGCUUUUCAAGGCCAUCGGUAUCAAGCCUCCCCGUGGUAUCUUGAUGUUCGGUCCCCCCGGUACCGGUAAAACACUCAUGGCUCGAGCUGUCGCCAACGAGACUGGUGCUUUCUUUUUCCUCAUCAAUGGACCUGAGAUCAUGUCCAAGAUGGCGGGAGAGUCUGAGUCGAACCUUCGAAAGGCCUUUGAGGAAGCGGAAAAGAACAGUCCUUCCAUCAUCUUCAUCGAUGAGAUCGACUCUAUCGCCCCCAAGCGUGAGAAGGCCAACGGUGAAGUCGAACGACGAGUUGUCUCUCAACUCUUGACUUUGAUGGAUGGGCUGAAGGCUCGUUCCAACGUUGUCGUUAUGGCUGCUACCAACAGACCCAACUCGAUUGACCCUGCUCUUCGUCGAUUCGGCAGAUUCGACCGGGAGGUUGACAUUGGUAUCCCUGAUCCCACCGGUCGACUCGAGAUCCUCCGUAUCCACACCAAGAACAUGAAGCUUUCCGACGACGUCGACCUUGAGCAGAUUGCUGCCGAUACCCAUGGCUACGUCGGUGCUGAUAUGGCCUCUCUUUGUUCCGAAGCUGCUAUGCAGCAAAUUCGAGAGAAGAUGGACCUCAUCGACCUUGACGAGGACACUAUCGAUGCCGAAGUGCUUGACUCCCUUGGUGUCACUAUGGAAAACUUCCGCUUUGCUCUCGGAGUCAACAACCCAUCGGCCUUGCGAGAGACCGUGGUCGAGAUCCCGACCACCACUUGGAACGAUAUUGGUGGUUUGGACAAGGUCAAGCGCGAAUUGCAGGAGACUGUUCAGUAUCCUGUCGAGCAUCCCGACAAGUUCCUCAAGUACGGCAUGUCUCCUUCAAAGGGUGUGCUCUUCUAUGGACCUCCCGGUACCGGUAAAACUCUUUUGGCCAAGGCUAUUGCCAACGAAUGCCAAGCCAACUUUAUCUCUAUCAAGGGCCCCGAGCUUUUGACCAUGUGGUUCGGAGAGUCCGAGGCCAAUGUUCGUGAUGUCUUUGACAAGGCUAGAGCUGCAGCGCCAUGUGUCAUGUUCUUUGAUGAACUCGAUUCCAUCGCCAAGUCUCGAGGCAACUCUUCCGGUGACGGUGGCGGUUCCUCCGACCGAGUCCUUAACCAGAUCUUGACGGAAAUGGACGGCAUGAACGCCAAGAAGAACGUCUUCAUCAUUGGUGCCACCAACAGACCCGACCAGAUCGACUCCGCGCUUCUCCGACCCGGACGUCUUGACCAGCUUAUCUACAUUCCCUUACCCGAUGAGGAAUCCCGACUUUCCAUCCUCAAGGCCACUCUUCGCAAGUCCCCUAUCGAUCCCCGUGUGGAUCUCAACUUCCUUGCCAAGAACACUGCCGGAUUCUCUGGUGCCGAUCUCACUGAAAUCUGUCAGCGUGCUGCCAAGCUUGCCAUCAGAGAGAGCAUCGACUACGACAUCCGCAGAGAAAGGGACAGGAAGGAGAAGGCCGAGGCAGCUGGAGAGGAUGUUGACCUCUUGGGCGAGGAGGAGAACGAGGACGAUGAGGUGCCUGCCAUCACUGUUGACCACUUUGAGGAAGCUAUGCGAUACGCCAGGCGUUCCGUCUCGGAUGCCGACAUCCGUCGCUACGAGAUGUUCAGCACGACUCUCCAACAGUCUAGAAGCUUUGGUAACAACUUCAAGUUCCCAGAAAGCGGCGAGGCUGCGGAAAACACUGGUGCAACUUUCCAGAACGAGGCUGACGACGACGAGUAA